AUGGAUCUACUACGUAUUUUGGAUACGAAGCCAAUACCUACAAUUGUUGAUGCUACUACAUUGGGUAUCUCAGGUAAUAUUUCUGGUGAUUAUUGGCUACCAACCACUAUGUCACUUUAUCAAAAAGAGCUCACAGAUCAGAUAGUAUCAUUGCACUACUCCGAUAUUCUGAGAUAUUUUGAAACUUCGCACUAUAAAGAGGAUGUUAUCCUCGAGUCUAUGAGGACUAUGUGUUUAAACGGUUCAUUAGUAGCAACCCAUCCAUACCUGCUAAUAGACCAUUAUAUGCCUAAAUCAUUGAUAACUCGUGACGUUCCUGCACAUUUAGCGGAGAACAGUGGAAAGUUUAGUGUUCUAAGAGAUCUUAUAAAUCUUGUUCAAGAAUAUGAAACUCAAACGGCCAUUGUUUGUAGGCCUGGUAGAACAAUGGAUUUAUUAGAAGCCUUAUUAUUGGGGAAUAAAGUACAUAUUAAAAGAUAUGAUGGUCAUUCCAUUAAGUCAAAACAAAAAUCAAAUGACUUCUCCUGUACUGUUCAUCUAUUUUCUUCUGAGGGAUUAAACUUGGCAAAAUGCCCGAUAAAACCUAAGGCUCGAUUUGACAUGCUGAUCUGUUUAGAUACUACAGUGGAUACGAGUCAUAAGGACAUUCAAUAUCUGUUGCAAUAUAAGAGGGAGAGGAAAGGUUUAGAAAGAUAUGCUCCAAUCGUUAGGCUGGUGGCCAUCAAUUCGAUCGACCAUUGUACUUUAUUUUUCAGUAAAAAGUUUGAUAAGAAUAGCAGAAAGUAUUUAGAAAACGUCACUGCUGCUAUGGUAAUCUUGAGGGAUCGUUUAGGUACACUGCCACCUGAUUUGAGACCCAUCUAUUCUCAAAAACUACACUAUUUAGUAGAAUGGUUAGAAAACCCUACUGUACCGUGGCCUUUACCAGAUAUUUAUCCUUUGAAGCAAUAUACCUCUAUGGAUGUAGAAAGGUCUUUGUUAACAGAAGUACAUUUCAAAAGGUCUGAUGACCAACUAGAAGAUGCAUUUGCUAACUGUUCCAAGAAGAGGGGGCGCCAGUGUGUCAACAAAACAUCAUCAUCUUCGAAUGCCGUGGUAAUUGAAGAUAAUGACACACCAACUUUUUACUCUACUAAAAGGUUAAAAAAUGAUUAUUAUACGAAUCCUUUAAAACAAGAUAUGACGCAACUAACAGGUAUUACCACAGCAGAUAAUUCCUCCAAUGUAAAUUAUCAUUUAUCAAGUGGAAUCAUCACUCAUAAACUGAUCCAAUCGAUGGGAGAAGUAUAUAUGGACAUUUGUGUUCAAAAACAGGAGCUGAAUGAUUACUCAUGCUUAAAUCACUUGCAGAAUGAUCACUUACAGUUCUUCUUGAACGAAGAUGAAAAAAUCUUAAAAGAAUAUGAAAAUGUGUUGCAAAAAAAUAAUGAUAAUUUAAGAAAGUCACAUGAACUAGAAGUUGAAAACAAUUCGAAGUUUUCUCAAAUCGAAACGUUAGAAAAGGAUAUUGAGACUUUAAAGGGAAAUUUAGUAGCACAGGGAGAGAUAUUUUCAAACCUGAUUGAAUCUUUUAUUAAGACUGGCAGUACGCAGGACGAGAUCGAAAAAGGAGAAAGAAUGAGCAAGUCAAGGGAUGCUGAGAAGAAGUAUAUGGAACAAGAAAUCAAAAGAGCUGUUGAUGCUGUCAAAGAAAAUGAGGAAGAGACACGCAAACUUGAUGUCAAGAGAAGAGAAUUAGAAAAUGAAAUGACAUUGAAAUUUCAAAAUUCUGAGACCUCCAAGAAAGAACUGAAUGAGAAAAUUGAAAUAAUGAGGAAGGAAAUAAAGGUUGAAAGUGGUCUUAAUAAGGAGCUAGUAGGCCAACUGUCCAAAACAAUGGAAAACUUAGAAAGCUUGACAAUUUCACGAGUUCGUACUCAAAACGGCAAUACGAAAAAAAAAUCGAAGACAAAAGGCCAGACAAUAUAUAAAUAA